GUCAAGAGACAGCAAAAACCUUCUUGUCAAAACAAACACCGCUUCUGGACUCGCACACUGAGAAGAACACGUAAGAAAACAAUUCAGGAACGAUGAAGGCUGUGGUGAUCACAAGCCCCGGUGGCCCAGAAGUGUUGCAAUUGAAAGAAGUAGAAGACCCACAAAUCAAAGAUGACGAGGUCUUGAUUAAAGUUGCAGCUGCUGCUCUCAACAGAGCAGACACCCUUCAACGCCAGGGCAAAUACCCUCCCCCUCAGGGAGAUAGUGAGUACCCUGGUCUUGAAUGCUCUGGUACCAUUGAAGCUGUUGGCAAGGAUGUUACUAGGUGGAAAAUUGGUGAUCAGGUAUGUGCUCUUGUUAGUGGAGGGGGAUACGCAGAGAAAGUAGCUGUGCCUGCAGGACAAGUUCUUCCUGUUCCAUCUGGUGUUUCUUUGCAAGAUGCAGCUAGUUUUCCUGAGGUAGCUUGCACUGUUUGGUCAACCAUCUUCAUGAUGAGCCGACUUUCUGCGGGGGAGACUCUUCUGGUGCAUGGAGGUUCUAGUGGAAUUGGUACAUUUGCCAUCCAAAUUGCCAAAUAUUAUGGAGUGACCAAAGUAUUUGUCACAGCAGGAAGUGAUGAAAAACUAGCUGCUUGCAAGGAUCUCGGGGCAGAUGUUUGUAUCAAUUACAAGACUCAGGAUUUUGUAGCCCGUGUGAAGGAAGAAACAGGAGGAAAAGGUGUUGAUGUUAUACUAGACAACCUUGGUGGGUCGUACUUCCAGCGGAAUUUGGACAGCCUGAAUCUUGGUGGGAGGCUUUUUAUUAUUGGCUUUAUGGGUGGGACGGUAACUGAAGUGAAUCUUUCAGGUAUGCUUGCGAGACGUCUCACAGUGCAAGCUGCUGGAUUGCGCAAUAGAAGCAAGGAAAACAAAGCUUUAAUCAUCAGUGAAGUGGAGAAGAAUGUUUGGCCAGCAAUCGCUGCAGGCAAGGUGAAACCAGUAGUUUACAAGUAUUUACCAUUAGGUCAAGCUUCAGAAGGUCACAAGCUAAUGGAAAGCAGCAAGCACAUUGGGAAGAUACUCCUUGUUGUAUAAUUUGUGCUUCUUUACAUGCGGAUUAUCUCGUAUAUUAGCAGUGCAUAAUGGAAAAAUGCUGUGUGUGUGCAUGACAAACCGUUUGUUAUAGAUGGUAAACUUUUUACUUCUGAAUGACUAUACCCACGGAACAGCAUGGGUUCAACAU